AGCAGCAGGGUGCAAGUCACUGGCAGAGGGUCGUCGGUUCAUCCAGGCUCAUUACAAGAACAACCCUGCCGCUGCCGCUGCUGCUAUUGCAUGCCUUCCACCCUCCGCCACAGUGUCCCGCUUCUUCUUCUCCAAUCUGCCACUUUUCCCUCCCUUGCCACUUGCGCCACCAGCCAUCAGCACAGCAUCACUAGGAGGCGCUUCAGCAGCUCUUGACAUCUCCUCCCACCCAGGAUGCGACCUGCUGUCACCCAAGGAGCGUGAGCUGUGCACACACAUGCGCCUGCUGCCAGCACACUACCUCUGGGCCAAGCAGCACACUACCUCCGGGCCAAGCAGGUCAUCUUGCCGCAAGCAGCCGUGUCAGGGGGGUCAUUUCACGGGCAGCGGUGCACCGACUCUUUCGCCUGCUCAAUCCACCACUGGCAACAUGUGUGUUCCCUGCUGCCUCGUUUCUUACACCAACCAUUCUCCCACCUACACCCAUCAGGUCAUCUUACAGCAAGCAGCACUCUCAGGGGGAGCCAUCUCACGAGCAGCAGUGCACCGACAAGCAGCACUCUCAGGGGGAGCCAUCUCACGAGCAGCAGUGAAUCGACUGUUCCGCCUGCCUCCCGCCACUACUGACAACAUGUGUGUGCCUGGCCUUGUUUCUCACACCAUCCUCCCCUCGUCCGCCCAUCCCAUCAGGUCGUCCUACAGCAAGCAGCCCUGUCAGGAGGCUCCAUCUCACGAGCAGCGGUGCACCGACUCUUCCGCCUGCCCCCCGCCACCACUGAUGCCAUUUUUAGACUCUUUCUGGGAGCUGGCUGGAUUGCUGAAGCUGGGGGGAACAGUGCUGGUGGUGGGAUGGGAGGGGCAAUGGUGA